CAGGCCGGGUUUUCCCUCCGCCUCUGGGGCAGGCGAGCGAGCGCCGCGGAGCGCGUCCCUCCCUCGCCAAUCCGGCUCCGGCGCCCGCCCGCCCGCGUUUUCCAGGCGCCUGCCGCCCGGCCGCUCCGGCACGGCUCGCAGUCUCGCCCGGAGCCGACGCUUGGAGGCAGGGUUCGAAUCCGCGCGAAGGAACCGCCGCGCGCUAGGGGUGCGGAGCGGCGCCAGCAUGAAGCAGCUGCCUGUGCCCUGCUGAAAGUUCAUGGCCACAACCCCGGGCCCUGCUGGCAUUGCCAUGGGCAGCGUGGGCAGCCUGUUGGAACGGCAGGACCUGUCCCCGGAAGAGCUACGGGCAGCGCUCGCGGGGUCCCGGGGUUCCCGCCAGCCUGAUGGGCUCCUCCGGAAGGGCUUGGGCCAGCGUGAACUCCUGAGCUACCUGCACCUCCCCAAGAAGGACGGCAAGACCGCCAAGCGCACCGCUCGGAACGAGUCUGCUGACUACACCACCCUCUACUACCGAGAGCAUCCUCGAGCCGGUGACUUCAGCAAGACUUCGCUGCCCGAGCGGGGUCGCUUUGACAAGUGCCGCAUUCGCCCAUCAGUGUUCAAGCCCAUGGCGGGCGCUGGGAAAGGCUUCCUGUCCAUGCAGAGCCUGGCAGCCCACAAGGGCCAGAAGCUGUGGCGCAGCAACGGCAGCCUGCACACGCUGGCUUGCCACCCGCCCCUGAGCCCGGGGCCCCGGACCAGCCAGGCACAGGCCCGUGCCCAGCUAUUGCAUGCGCUCAGCCUGGACGAGGGUGGCCCCGAGCCAGAGCCCAGCCUGUCUGACUCCUCCAGCGGGGGCAGCUUUGGCCGCAGUCCUGGCACUGGUCCCAGCCCCUUCAGCUCCUCAUUGGGCCACAUUAACCACCUCGGGGGCUCCCUGGACCGGGCCUCCCGGGUCCCCAAGGACGCUGGACCACUGGCGAUGCUGAGCUGCCUGCCGGAGCCACCGCCCCCCUAUGAAUUCUCCUGCCCCACCGCUGAGGAGGUAGUGGCCCUGCUUCCCGACACCUGUGAGGAUCUCAAGAGGGGCCUCAGUGAUGAGGACGGCUCCAACCCCUUCACACAGGUGCUGGAGGAGCGCCAGCGGCUGUGGCUGUCCGAGCUGAAGCGCCUGUACGUGGAGAGGCUGCACGAGGUGGCUCAGAAGGCAGAGCGCAGUGAGCGCAACCUCCAGCUACAGCUCUUCAUGGCCCAGCAGGAGCAGCGGCGGCUGCGCAAAGAGCUCCGGGCACAGCAGGGCCUGGGCCCCGAGCCUCGGCCCCCCGGCACCCUCCCAGAAGCCGACCCUAACACCCGACCAGAGGAGGAAGCCCGAUGGGAGGUGUGCCAGAAGACAGCGGAGAUUAGCCUCUUGAAGCAGCAGCUGCGGGAGGCUCAGGCCGAGCUGGCACAGAAGCUGGCCGAGAUCUUCAGCCUCAAGACGCAGCUUCGGGGCAGCCGGGCGCAGGCACAAGCCCAGGACGCAGAGCUGGCCCAGCUGCGCGAGGUGGUGCGGAGCCUGCAGGAACAGGGCCCUCGGGAGGAAGCCCCGGGCAGCUGUGAGACCGACGACUGCAAGAGCAGGGGGCUCCUGGGGGAGGCGGGCGGCAGCAGCGAGGCCGGAGGGGUUGGAGGGGGCGCCGAGCAGCUGCGCACCCAGCUGGUGCAGGAGCGCCUCCGCGCCCAGGAGCAAGCGCUGUGCUUCGAGCGGGAGCGGCGGACAUGGCAGGAGGAGAAGGAAAGGGUGCUGCGCUACCAGCGGGAGAUCCAAGGAGGCUACCUGGACAUGUACCGCCGCAACCAGGCGCUGGAACAAGAGCUGCGGGCGCUGCGGGAGCCCCUGGCGCCCUGGAGCCCUCGGCUGGAGUCCUCCAAGAUCUGAGGCCAGGGCGUGAGCCAGCUGCGGAAACACCGCCAGAAAACCGCUUGGACGAGCCCGCUCUGAGAGGGCUGGCUCCUUCCUUACACUGGUUGGGGGCCGGAGCUGGGGAGGGCGGCCAGACAUGCGGAAGCCCACCAAGAGGAGGGGUCCAGCGCUGCUUGGGCUGGGUAGGGUGCCCUCCUGGCAGAGGAGCACCGCGGCAGGGCACCCUGCCUCCUGGAGUAGAUGUGGCCCAGAGAAGGAGGCUGGGGAACCGAGAGCCCCGUGAUGCAGAGGGGCAGGCGUGAAGGAGGGAGGCUGGGCCGGGAACAUCGGCCUCCUCCAGAAUAAAACCACAUUUUCUACAAGGA